CAAAAAUUUCUAUGAAAUGUCAAAGGUGAAAUAUAAAUUAAGAUCAAUAAGUAUAAAAUUUUGAAGUCAAAAAGUAUGUCAGUCAAGCUGAAAUAUUUUAUUUGAUUUUUUUUGGGAAAUAUAAUUGAAACAUAUUUUAGGAAAAUGAAACUGCUCACUUCUAGAGUUCGGUGUCCACCUAGUUGCCAAAGUGAAGAACAGGACUCUUGUCUGAGGCAAGUUACGUCUAGUCCUGCACACAUUCAAGUUCAGGAGUCACGUGAAAUCGUUAAUGUUUCACAUGUUCCUCGGCUGCCGUGUGCACCUGCUGGGAAUUCCAAGGCAAUUCGUGAGUAUUUUGAAACCUGAAACUGGAAGAGGAAGAGCAACAAAGAUGCUUGGGAUGCCUGGACUGUGACCCUUUUUUGGGCAUGCGCCUAUGGCGUUCAUGCUCCCUUGAGAGGAAGACUUUUCCAGAUGAACUCCAGUCGUCCCUUGGUGCCCCGGGAAGGAUUGGUCUCAGGACUCCCACGGAUUCCAAAAUCCACGGAUGCUUACGUCCCUUUCAGUUGGUCCCCCGUAUUCGCGGGUUCUGCAUCUGCGGAUUGGAACUAUUUUCUGCCCGCGGUUGGUUGAAUACGGGGGAUGGGGAGCCCAUGAAUACCGAGGGCUGACUGUAAUUUGUCACUUCUCUUAUCUAAGAGCUUCUGCUGCUCACAUCCUGCUUGCUUCCAGUACCAGCAGUGGCAUCACCCACAAACCUUCACAGCAUUUGCAUGCAAAGUUUUUAAAAAAAAAGUGUGGCAAAAUAUGCAUAAUGUCAAUUUUACUGUUUGAACCAUUUUUAAGGGUACCCUUCAGUUAAGUACAUUCACCUUGUUGUGCAUUUAUCACCACCAUCCGUCUCCAGGACUUUUUCAUCUUCCCAAACUGAAACUCUGUCCCCGUUACACACUAACUCUCCAUUUCCCCCUCCUCCAGCCCUUGGUACCCACUCUUCUACUUUCUGUCUCUAUGGACUUGAUUACUCUAGGGACCUCGUGAGUGGAAUCAUACAAUACUUGUCCUUUUUUGUCCAGCUUACUUCACUGAGCAUCGUGUCCUCGUUUCAUCCAUGUUGGAGCAGGUGCCAGAAUUUUCUUCCUUUCUAAGGCUGAAUGAUAUUCCAUUGCAUGGACAUGCAACCAUCUUUUGUUCCAAGGAUGAAGGACGGGAUGUGGAGAAGCACUUGCCUGGGGCCUGCCCAUGUUAUUCAUAAAGUGAAUGUCCAGAGUGACAGCUCACACUACCAGUGAUGAGUGCUGGACCCCCCAUGAUCAAGGUGCUCAAGGGCUCCUUAGCAAAUUUACUUGUCUGUGUCUGUGAGAGCAGGACCCUCUAAACUCUGAUCCACAGCAUACUCCACACUUUGAAAGUGCUGGCAUCAUCUAGCACUUGUUAGAAGUGCAGAAUCUUGGGCUCCACUCAGACCUAUGGAGUCAGAAUCUUCAUUUUCAUAAAAUCCUUCAGUGAUUCAUGUGCACAGGAACAUUUGAGAAGCAAUGGAUCCAAAGGACAGGCUUAGGGAUAGAGUCCCUCCUGUGUAAGGGUGGUGCUGCCUGAAUAUCACUCUAAUAGAUUAUCAGAUACACAGCAACCUGGUGCCAAUCUCCCUUUGUGCCUAUGGCAGACAUCAGUAAUCAACUGUGGAAAGUGCAGUCAUUCUUCCCAGUGAGCAGAGGGAGCCUCAGAUGCCUCAAUGCGGCACUCCUGGCCAACAGAAAAGCAAAGCAAUCAUGUGGCCAGGCUCCGUUUCCUGUGGUGGCUCCGUUCUCUGGACUGCUCACAGCCCUUAUGGAGAGUUUCCUGCAGGAUCCUUCAGGAUCACCGUAGCCCUGGAAUUGAGUCUCCUUGUCCUGGCUUGGAUUGCAUGCUCAUUCUCAGACCUGUUGCUGAGGUCAGGGGAAAGACUGUGCGAGAUUUAGAUCACAACCCCUCUCUUGGAGCUUGGAAAUUGGAAGUCAGAUGUGGCUUGGGGUAGGGAUGGGAUGCAGCUCCACCUGAACUCGAUGGAGUGAGAGCAGAGAAGGGGUGGCCCAGAACGAAAGCGGGGCCAUUGACUAAGUAGGGGAUACAGGUGGACAAGCAGAAACCACAAGUACCCACUGUAGGACAGGAGAAGCUGCAGAGAGAUUGGGGCAUUUGGGUGGAUCCUUAAAGAUUAGUGGGAGUUCUUCAGGGAGGCUGGCAGGUGCACAGGGGGGGAGGACGCAGUUGAAGACAAACCCCUGGGGAUGCUGCUUCAGUCCACGCCUCUAAUGGGUGAGGGCUGCUUCCGGACCCACCGGACCCGCACACCUGGCAGUGCGGGCAAUACCUCCUCGCGCUGCUGAGCAUGUGAUGUGCGGCUUGUGUGAUGGAGCAGCUGAACUGUCCACUUCGUCUAGUUUUGGUUUAUGAACCACCGAGUCCCCGCCCACAAGAGGUACCAGCCCACGGAGUACGAACAUGCCGCCAACUGCGCCACCCAUGCUCUCUGGAUCAUCCCCAGCAUCCUUGGCAGCUCCAACCUCUACUUCCUGUCGGACGAUGACUGGGAGACCAUCUCUGCCUGGAUCUAUGGCCUCGGCCUCUGUGGGCUCUUUGUGGUGUCCACCGUGUUCCACACCAUCUCCUGGAAGAAGAGCCACCUCAGGACCGUGGAGCACUGCUUGCACAUGUCCGACCGCAUGGUCAUCUACUUCUUCAUCGCGGCCUCCUACGCGCCCUGGCUGAACCUCCGUGAGCUGGGCCCCUGGGCCUCCCACAUGCGGUGGCUGGUCUGGAUCAUGGCGUCUGUCGGCACCAUCUAUGUCUUCUUCUUCCACGAGCGGUACAAGCUUGUGGAGCUGCUCUGCUACACGGUCACGGGCUUCCUCCCUGCCCUGGUCAUCCUUUCCAUGCCCAACACCGAGGGCAUCUGGGAGCUGCUGACCGGAGGGGUCUUCUACUGCUUGGGCAUGGUGUUCUUCAAGAGUGACGGGAGGAUCCCCUUUGCCCACGCCAUCUGGCAUCUCUUUGUGGCAUUUGGUGCUGGUACCCACUACUAUGCCAUCUGGAGGUACCUGUAUCUGCCCAGCACCCUGCAGGCCAAGGUGUCCAAAUGAGGUGGCCCAGACUGCACAGGACAUUUAGGCUUUUGGAGCAGAGCAUCAUGGGGAGCGUUUCUGUGAACUGGAGCCCAGAGCACAGAGCCCAGGCCCAUCUGCCCUCCCACGGGUAGACCUUCUGAUGGGCCCAAGGUUACUUCUGGUGACAGCCAGACCAUCUCUUGAGUCCUAGGAGAGAAAGAAAGCAUUUAGUCAUUUUUACGGAGGAGACGUUAACCCUGUAAUCUGUUUCUAUUCUAGACAAGUGUUUCCUAAUACAACCAACAUUAACAUCGUCAGAAAAGGGGGCUGGCAAAUUGAGGACUGAUGGGCCAAUACGUGCUUCUUAAGGUCCUGAGAAAUCUGUCAGGGUGUCUGGUGGGUUAUUGGUACAUGGGUGGCCAGGGCCUCCUUCUCUGCCACCAGAGUCCUGGCUGGGGAGUUGUCCCCUGCUCAGGGAAGGUCACCCAGCUUGUAGCUCAGGGAUGGCGGAUAGCCGUGACCGUGGCAGACGUCACCAAGCAGCUGCAGCAUGGUGUGCUACCUGACUUCUUCUCAAGAGGGCUCUGGGCAGCCACUACCAACCGACUCGGCACUCAUGAUGGCACCUCUUUGCCUUGCCUGCCCGUGUGCUGUGCAGUGGGGUCCUGGCCAGACCAGUUCAAUGUCUCCGUGCUGGGGAGCAUGCUUCUUUCCCGGAGUGGGCAGUCUGGGGCAGACGCAGGAGACGGAGGUGCGCCCAGAGCAGCCCCUGACGUUCUGUUCCACCACAGCUGGUUCUCACUGCAGAGGGGUGAGUGCUUGGGGGUGGGAAGCUGUUCCUUGGCCAUUUCUUCUCUUGCCAAAAAAAUCCAGAGAAGCUAUGAGAGCCAUUCGUGGGCGGGGAUAGGGUGGGGAGGUGGGUAAGCAGAUCCCAGGCACUUGCGUGGCUGCUCCAGAUUUAGGGUCUGUGAUGCCAGCAUUGAGCUUCUUGCCGGGCACCAAUCAGCGGCCCUUGGAGGCUUGGAUCUGAUGAACCCUAGAGGGAAGGCCUUGGCUAGUCUGAUAGGGACCUGGGCAGAGCGUCAGAGGGAUACCCAGCCUCUGAGGCCUCCAGGAGCCCAGCAGCAGGGCUUCCAGGGGCCCGCCCUCAGCACUCCCCCAGGGCCGGGCGAGCACGCCGCGCAGGGCGCGCGGACCUUUGCUGGGGGUCUAGGCCCAGCCCCGGGUCCCUCUGGAUCAAGGGUCUGUUUCGUUUUAGACGGGCUUCCCUCUCCGACUCCCAUCCAGAGUCACAUGGGCGGGACGAGAUGCCUUGUGCUUAGUUCCAGCACAUUCCAGGGUAGUUCAGGGCCCUGGUGUCAGGAGUCCCACGUCCAGGCCGGCAUGGAGUCAUCUGACCUGUUCCUCAGACAGGCGGGCUCUGAGCUGGGAGGUGCCUGGGGGAUGUUUUGUCCCCUUACCCGUGUGUGUGUGUGUGUGUGUGUGUGUGUACAGGCACUCCCCGGCCCUGGAAGCUGCCUCUGUUCUGCACACCUGCCCUGCAGAGUCCGCCAAGUAUUUCCCGUCAGUUGGGGUCAGGGUUGGAGAUUAGGGGGGACGGGGAGCUUGGCAGGGGAGGGACACUAUGACCUGAACUCUGCCUGGGCCUGAGGCAGGGCAGGGGGCGUGUGGGCUCCGGGAUGCUGUUUUGGGAAACUCCCACAGCAUGGCACCAUGGCAGACGGAGAUGACAGCCCCAUCAUCCGGGGGUUGAUGGGAACCAAAGCCCCGUGACGGGGCUACAGCUGGGCGCCCGGGAGGCUGACCUGGUCCUGUAGCCCCUGCUGAACUCCUCUGGUACCCACAUCUCCUCCUCCCCCUCCUCCCGGGUACACUGGACAGCCUGCCCCUGUAUCCCCCACACCCUCUGAGGUGCUAGUUCCUUGAUGGGGACUCUGCUCACCCCUUCUCUUCCCAGCUCACUCCUAAGCAUUCUUCAAAGCCCCGCUUGGGCGUUAGUUCUGAGGAACUUCCAACCUUCCUCUGAGUUCGUGGCUCCCUCUCUGCUUCCCAGCACCCCUUGUGCUCAUCUGUAGCACAGCUCAUAGCCCUGUCCUGCAUCACCCUGGUACUUGUUUCUGUCCCCCAACCCAGAUGCUCCUGGAGGGAGGAACUGUGUCUUGCUAGACUUGGGACCAAAUCCGCAUUCCCCCCUUUGUGAGGGCUUGGGCCAGUUACUUCACCUCUCUGUGCCUCAAUGUCCUCUACUGUAAGAAGGGUAUAGUAAGGCUAUACCUGGCAGGGUUGCUUAAAGAUUCAGCGGGAUGAUGACAGUAAAACACCUGGCCUGGCAUCCUAAUUAGCUCCCUUAGUUGGAAAACAACCCCCACAAUGGUAAUGAGGGGUAUCACAAAGCCUGCACUAUCCAAAGGAAUGAAUCACCAAUGGUGGAAUUUCUGACUGUGGACAGGCUGCUGAGGACACUGGAGGGCGUGCUCUGAAGCCUUGACCACACUCCCUCCCCUCACUCCAAUUCAGGACCUGCUUGCCAUGAGCUGUCUCUCUUCCCCAGCAUCAUUCUGAAAGUGAAUUUCCCAGGAUUCCAUUUUAACCGAGCCUAGAUCCUGGACUGCCUCCAAAUAUACCCCAAACAGUUCAGGAAAGGAAAAGAUGUUCCUUAGGCCAGUCCCUUCUGUAGGUAAGACCCUGUCCCAGGAAUAUUCUGAGCUGUGUUGGGCGGGGAGGGCACGCCACUGGAAAUUCAGGUGCCAGUUCCCACUUCCUGUCCAUCCUUGAGGCCAUCAGGUGCUGAGAUGACCCAGCCAGGCGGCUGCUAUGCCCCAAGGAGCCAGGGGGGCAGUUGGCAGCAGACUGGCCUGUUUGACCUUGCAGGCGCUUUAGGGCCGGGGGCUGGUGUGCAAGACGGAGAGGAAGGCAGGUGACCUGCUCAGCGAUUCUGCUGGUGAUGGGCAGGACGAGGCAGAGCUGGUGCGCUCGCUGGUGGACGCCUGUCUGCCUGCCAGCAGGGUUUCCCUGGAGGCCCAGAGCAGAGCUGGCCCAGGGCUGGCCCUGCGGCCUGCAGCCUCUCAGCCCAGGAGUGGAUUUAAAUCAAUACCAUAGACCAGAGCUGCCUUUCUUUCUUGGGUGGAAAUUGCACGUAUGGUGGGAGCAGGGCUGAGCAUCCUUCUCUUCAGCAGCCUUUGGCUCAGGCUGGGAAAGAAUCCUAGGAAAGCCCUGGGGGGAUGGGAGGAAGCAGAGAUGAGACCUGCAGGUGCGCCUGGAUCUGAAGCUCUGAAGCCGCCUUGGUCGUGGGUGGGUGCCCCGCACAGUGGGAUGAUUUAGGAAGUUGCAGCCCUGGGAUUUUGGGGAGUUUUCAGCUCACCCAGCUCUUUUUUCUGUAUCUGUAUCUGUCUGCAAAAGCUGAAGCACUCUACAGCCCUGCCCAAGCUCCUACAGUUGGACCCAGGCCUCCGUUGGGAAGUGGGGGGCGAGGGACGCUUCACAGGUGCUCAGAGGGGCAGGGGGAGCUCAGAGGGCUGGGAGGUGGGUCUAGUGACCUCAUCAAAAAGGCACUUGUCAAACCUGCCACCACAUCCUGUGUAAUCAGAUGCUGAAGUACAGACUCUGGGAAUAGCAGCGGGGGGCCCGGGGGGGCCUGAAGGAGCCUGUGGAAACCCCAGCAGCCACUUCCACAUGAGCGCAGGGCGCAGCUGGACUCACAGGUGCGGAGGGCGGCAGGUGUGAGGGGAAGGAGCAGGAGGCUGGGGGAGGCAAAGGCUUAUGCGCAGGGCGCCCCUCCUGGGGGCCAGUCUCAGUGCCCAGGGCUUUAGAGAUACUCUCUCCAAGGGGGGCAUAGCCCUGUCCCCGCCCCCCCACAACCCCGUUGGGUGAGGAUUGUUAGCUGAUCUUACAAAGCAGGAAACAAAGCACAGAGAGGUUUGGCAACUUACCCAGGGCACCCAGCUUCUAACCGGCAGAGCAACCGUUGUGUCCCUUGGCCAGAUGAAAUCUCCUGCUUCCAAGGAAACCCACUGCCCCCAGGUCUCUCCUCCAGGGAGGAGAGCCAGGCUCACACAUUUUAAUAAUAAUUAAAACAAACAAACAAAAAAACCCCUAAGCCCUGGCAUGUGGCAUCCGCCAGUUUCCAUGGUGUAAAUACCCCUACUACGGCCAGUUUCCUGCUACUAGAGGGACAUCCCUGAAGAUGCUCUGGGAAGAGAUGUGUACUGUUAGUCCUCGCAAGCCAGGCCCAGCACACCUCUGCCCCCUUUUCCCGAUGCUUGGAAACUUUGUCUUGGGGGUCUGAGGUCUGGAGCCAGUCCAGCCCUACGCUGGCCAGCAUGCAAGGCCCUCGGGGUAGUGUCUCACCCGCUCCGUGCCUCGUUUUCUCAUCUGUAAAAUGGAGACUACGAUCCGUGUGCGGAACCCCCCUGUCCGGUUAACUGCAGGGCCAAGGCCACAUCUUUGCUGGAGGAAGUCAGAGCAGCUGUUCUCAGCCCCAGGAUUUGCCCAGAGACCUACCCAGCAGGGGUAGGGGUGCUAGACCACAGACCCCGGCUGCCCGGUCCCCGCCCUGAAUGCUGAGCCCGUGGCUUGUUGUCGAGGGGACGCUGGACCCCGAACUUGCAGCAAGCUCCGGGUGGUCUGGCCGCUGGCUCUGGCAGCCCCGCGCUGGUGCUCACCUGCCCUGCUUGUCAGUGGUGCGGUUCCUGCGCCCUUCCCUGGGGGACAGCACGCAUGUCCAGGGGCUGAGGACCUAACCACUGCUCUUGGUUUUCACUGUCUUUUUCACAUGGUUUCCUUCAUCCACACCAUCAACCCCCCAGCAGCCUGCAUUUAUACUUAAGUCCAUUCCUUAAACUGGGCUCGCUCACUAAUGUUUCCUGAGCUAGGUCCCAAGUCCUGGGGGUGGUCCAUCGUCUUUACAAUCACUCUAAGAGGUAGAUAUGAUCCCAUUUUACUGAUUUGGCUAUUAAGGCUCAGAGAGGCUAAGUAACUUGUCCAAGGGCACACAGCUAGUAAGUAGCAUUCAUGUCCUCACCGUACCCUCUCAACUAUCUGCUUCCUAAAACACUGGCGUCUCCAUCUCUGGGUUCACGGCCCGUGGAAACAAGCAGUUGACAUGACGCUUGGAUCCGCAUUUCAGCUGCAGCCCGUUCACGUGCUCUGAAAGGCGAUACCAAGGACAUGAGGCAUCGUUCAGUAGCCCUGUGUUCAGGCCAGUGUCGGACAGGACCGUACACACCUGCAGAGGUUCCCACUCGGGCUUUCGAAGGAUGAGCGUUUGGGAGAACGUGCAGCUGUGCGGACCAGGGGCUGGGUGUAGUGGGGCUGCCUCCAUCCCUGGGACCCGGCUCCCCCCAGCAGCAACACCGAGACCCUUGCAGGGCAAAUAAAAAUAAAGAAUCCCGAAUGGACAGAGAAUCAGGAAACAUCAUCUACAGGAGUGCCAUCCAGUACGGUGGCUCUUCAGUGCAGGUGGCUAUUUAAAUCUAAGGCAAUUAAAAUGAAAGGUUCAGUGCCUCGGUCACACUGCCCACAUCUUAAGGGCUCAAUAGCCACACAGGGCCAGUGGCUACUUCUCUGCACUGCACAGCCAUAGGCCAUGUCCACCACCUCAGAAAGUUCUAUUGGAGGAUGCUGGUAGAUCUGUGGCUGUAAGACUUGGUGGUCUUGGAGCCCCUUGGAGCUCUUAAGAAUUACUGAGGACACCAAAGAACCUUUGUGUCUGGGCUCCAUGUUUGAGCAUUCAUCAUACAGAACAGAAAUGAAAACUGACACUAUUCUACAAUGCCUCUUCAUUCACUGAAAUAAGCUCAUUACACACUAACAUAAGUAACAUAUUUUUCUAUUAAAAAGAAUGGUAUUUUUUCCAAACAGAAGAUUUAGGGAGAAG